GAUGGGGAGGGCUGACAGGCUCCGGCAGGAGAGCAGAGCGGAGAUGGUUCCUUCGAUGCUGGCGGCCGGGCCAGAGCGGCCCUGAGGCCUCGCCGAGUGCGGGUCUUGGAGCGGGCUUAAAAGACCAGCGCUCGCUCGACAGUGGCGUUGGUCCUGGCAGAAAGCCUGCUGCAGGCAAGGAAAUGCUGAAGAGAGUUUGUUCCUCUUUGCUGUUGGGUUUUCCUAGAGAGAAAACGGUCUGAGGCCCCCUUCGUGUGGGGAUCAGACGAUGCGGGACCCCGACCGUCAUGUUAAGGUAAAGCAGAGGGGCUCAGUGCUGAACAUGCUAAGGAGGCUGGACAAAAUCAGGUUCAGAGGUCACAAGAGAGAUGACUUCCUCGAUCUAGCAGAAUCUCCAAACGCCUCGGACACUGAAGGUGGAGAUGAAAUACCCCUGAAGAUGCCUCGGACCUCGCCCCGGGACGGCGAGGAGCUGCGGGACCCUGCUGGUCCAGGGACCCUCAUCAUGGCUGCAGGAGUCCAGGACUUUAACCGGACAGAGUUUGAUCGAUUAAAUGAGAUCAAAGGUCACCUGGAAAUCGCCCUAUUGGAAAAGCACUUCUUACAGGAGGAGCUCCGGAAGCUGCGAGAGGAAACCAACGCAGAGAUGCUGCGGCAGGAGCUGGACCGGGAGCGGCAGCGGCGGAUGGAGCUGGAGCAGAAGAUCCAGGAGGUGCUGAAGCCCAGAGCUGAGGAGCAGACGGCUCAGCAGCCUCCAAAAGGGCAGGCCCAGGCCAACAACGGAGCAGACCGCCGGAGCCAGGGGCUGUGUGCCCGCGUCCAGAAGUGGUUCUCCGAGAGGUUUGGGGAGUACGUGGAGGACUUCCGCUUCCAGCCUGAGGAGAGUGCGGUGGAGACGGAGGAGCCGCUCAGCGCACGCAGGUUAACGGAGAACAUGAGGCGCCUGAAGCGUGGCGCCAAGCCCGUCACCAGCUUUGUGAAGAACCUCUCUGCCUUAUCCGACUGGUACUCCGUCUACACGUCCGCCAUUGCCUUCACCGUGUACAUGAAUGCCGUGUGGCAUGGCUGGGCCAUCCCCAUGUUCUUGUUUCUAGCAAUUUUGAGGUUGUCCCUCAAUUACCUCAUAGCCAGGGGCUGGAGGAUCCAGUGGAGCAUCGUGCCUGAGGUGUCCGAAGCCGUGGAGCCUCCGAAGGAAGACCUGACGGUGUCCGAAAAGUUCCAGCUCGUGCUGGACGUCGCCCAGAAGGCUCAGAACCUCUUUGGCAAGAUGGCCGACAUCCUGGAAAAGAUCAAGAACCUGUUCAUGUGGGUCCAACCCGAGAUCACGCAGAAGCUGUACGUUGCACUGUGGGCCGCAUUCCUCGCCUCCUGCUUCCUCCCCUACCGUCUGGUGGGGCUAGCCGUGGGCCUCUAUGCUGGAAUCAAGUUUUUCCUCAUCGAUUUUAUCUUCAAACGCUGCCCGAGACUGCGAGCCAAAUACGACACCCCCUACAUCAUCUGGAAGAGCCUCCCCACGGACCCCCAGCUCAAGGAGCGCUCCAGCGCCGCUGUGUCGCGCAGGCUGUCAGGGCAUGACAAGCUGCAGACAGCUUCCUCCCGAAGCUACGUGUCCAGCGCGCCAGCCGGCCUGAGUAAGGAUGAGGACACGGGUCGCUUCCAUGGCACCAAGAAGGGCAAUUUCCAUGAAAUCUUCAAUUUGACAGAAAAUGAGCGUCCUCUGGCAGUGUGUGAGAACGGCUGGCGCUGCUGCUUGAUAAACCGAGACCGGAAGAUGCCGACGGACUACAUCAGGAACGGGGUGCUGUACGUGACGGAGAAUUACUUGUGCUUCGAAAGCUCCAAGUCUGGCUCCUCAAAGAGGAACAAAGUCAUCAAGUUGGUGGACAUCACAGACAUCCAGAAGUACAAGGUCCUCUCUGUCCUCCCCGGGACGGGCAUGGGGAUUGCUGUGUCGACCCCCUCAACCCAGAAACCGCUGGUGUUUGGUGCCAUGGCGCACAGAGACGAGGCCUUUGAGACCAUUCUCAGCCAGUACACGAAAAUCACAGCAGCCGCAGCGUCUGGCAGUGACAGCUAGUGGUGACUCUCCGGGACCUUGCUGGAAGUUUCUUUUCUUUUUUAACAGUUUGGUAGUGGGAAAAAAAUGGGACAUCCUCAUGAUCUUUUGCAAUAAUUGCCCUCGGUCUGUGGUUUCUGUUGUGUUGACCCUGCGUUUUACAGACCCCUUCACGUAGGGGUUGGGGCUCUCGGGGACAGUGUCAGCCCGCCCAGCUGCGGAGGCACGUCUCGUGGACAUCUGUGGACACCUGUGGACACCUCGGAGGCCACUGGAAAGGAUGACACGCAGGAGACGCAGCGCCCCAGCCGCCACCCUGCCCAGCUGCUCCUUCUUUGUCCCCACCUGGACAGAGGGGCCCGACACCGGCUGCGCAGCCCGGCUCCUGGAGGCCAGAAGCUCUUUCACACCAAAGCCAUAGUUGAGGAGCAUUUGUGGUGCCUCCUCCUGGUGUGAAGGACAUCGGUGACAAGUGACACGGAGGCCGCUUCACCAGCCACCAUAACCGGGUCUGUCACUCUUGCUCGUUCCUUGAGUGAGACCCCCUGCUGCGCGUCCUCGGAGCACCUUAUGGCCUGUGCUCUGUGUUUGGCCUUUGUGGGGGCAUCAGGGGCUGGCUGGGAGGGGCCCCUCAUGCCUCAGGGCUGGCAGGGAGGGGUCCCACCACCUGCCAGCUCAGCCUGACAGGCCGGCCAGGAGGUCUGUAAUUGGCAACUAAUGAUACAGAGGGCGUGUAGGUGAAAGCACAUCUUUUUAGCACUUCGCUCUUUGGAAAGGCCCGGAACACCUACCGAGGCUUUUGCGGCCCUGUGAGAUUCUGUUGCUCUCAGAUGAAAAUCCACCGUAGUGGGACUGGGGCUGGCGCUGGCCUCCCGGCCACAGCCACGUGGUGUCGGGGGAGGGAGCAGGCAGGAGCGUCCCAGGCCCACAGUGGCCCAGGCUUGUGGAUGGCCUGCCCAUGUGGGCUGUGCGAGGACGCUUGGGAGGUCACUGGUGUGGGGGCAUGACCGUGACCGUGACCGUGAGCAGAGCACAGAGGUUUGGAGCCAGGCAGUCUGCCACCGUGACGUCUGGCCAUGCUCCCUGCCAGCGCACACCUGUGCCAGCACUCCACGGGGUGGAGCGAGCCAGCGCCUUCCCCGGCGUCAGGCGUUAGUCUGGGCCCCACUCGCCCAGGAGGUCGAAGCUUCCGUCGGGGAGGCCGGGGGGUAUCCAUCCUAGGACAGCCCUGAAGGCCAGCACGGCGUCAGGACAGGCCCACAGCCUCCUGAAGGAUGCGCAGUGAGAUCGUGGCGGGUCACUGGGGCCGCCCUCUGGUCAGCACGCUUUCCACCGCAGGUUACGCCAGUUCUCAGCUUGUCCUGAGUCCUUUGGGUGUCACUGAGAUUGUUGUUUUUUGAAGAAACAGAAGAUUAUAUUUUUUACAGAGAGCAAGCUGUUUUUCUUAUUUUUGUAUCAUUUUUCAGAUGUAAUUUUUACCUUUGCUCCGAUCCCGAUUCGCUGGUUUGGGUGAGAGAUCCAGUGUCGUUGCUUUUGUCGCCCCUUCAGGGCGGUGCGGCAGGGCCACACGCUGGGGCCUGGGAGCACUGCAGGGGAGCCGUGCCGACCAGCCAGAUUAAGCACACAGCCCACCCGGUCGGUGACAUCCAACCCGCCCGGCUCGUGGUCACGCUGGCCUUGGUGGCAUAUGACUCUGCAGGUCGACCUUUCAUAAAUGAAGGCGGAGGUGGACCGGCUCUCCUGGGCCAGAGAGAGGCCUCGGGUACACCCUGGGGACACCCCCCAGCAGGAACCCCCCAUUGGUGCCCAAGGCAAGGCAGGGUGGGCCCUGAACUGCCCCCAGGGCCGGGCUGUGGGGGUGACGCCUGUGGGUGCUGCUCACACCCCUGUCCCCUGGUCGCCCCUCAGCGUCGGCCUCUUGGUGAGCACGGUGGGCUUGUGUCCCAAGCACGGUUGGGGGGGGGGGUCCCUGCCGAGGACUGGGACUCCCUUCAGCAGAGCGGGGUGGUUUAGUUCGAGUCCCUUUUGAGGAGAAAGGGAGAUGAAAACUGGCCACAUGCCGGGAGCAGGUGCCUGGCUCCCGCCCAGGGAGGGCCUGAGGGAGGCGGGGGGCAAGGAUGGGCCAGCAGCCCGCGUUGCACAGCAGGCCAGUGGCAGGUCCCUCCUGGAAGCCCGGGGGCCUCUGCCUGGAAGAGCGUGGACCUGUGCAGGCGCUGGGCUCCCCGUCGGAGAAAACCCAUAGUUUUUAUUGAAUGGUGUAAAUCUGGGCAGAUAUUUAAUUUCUACGACUGAUCUCUGAGCUAGAAUGAAUGUUAAAUUUUUUAUGUCUGAAGCCUGAGUCUAUUUUGGAUCUGUAAAUAAUCAUUACCAGUGUAACUUUUGUUCAACAAAAGGAUUGUACUGUAUGAAGAACUGAUGAAAAAAAAUCCCCCUGUAACAUUUUUUUAAGGAAACCUUGUUUGUUUAAAGAAAAAGUCUUGUAUAAAUUAUAAUUUUUAUUUAAAUAAACCUGAAAUGCUUUGUGCUAA